CAGCGGCCUGAGUCACCGCGGACGCCGGGGGCGUGGACUUCUAGAAGUUACCCGGACGCUCGGGAGAAGAGGCGGGGUAGGAGGAGACCGUACGUUUUGAUUGGCCAGUUGACUGGUGACGGAAUCGGAGCGCGCUGAACCGUGACUUGGCAAUAGUCUUUUCCCAGGUGAUUGUGAGCAAGCUAAUAAAUAGCCGGGACCGGGAAGCCGCGAGUUGUUUUGCAGUGGGGGUUGCGUCGCCAGGUCAUCGGCAGCAACGUUGCAACUGGUUUUUGUGUCGCUAGCACUUUUUCUUUCUACAAUGGAAUUUCCAGACUUGGGAGAGCAUUGUUCUGAAAAAACUUGCAAGCAGUUGGAUUUUCUUCCAUUAAACUGUGAUGCAUGUAACAAAGUCUUUUGUAAAGAUCACGUUCAGUAUGAGCAGCAUAAAUGUAGUGCCACAUAUAAAAAGGAUGUGCAGGUUCCAGUGUGUCCACUUUGUCAUAUCCCUGUUCCAGUAGGAAGGGGAGAAAUUGCAGAUGUUGUGGUUGGGCAACAUAUGGAUAAAGACUGUAAAUAUAAUCCAGCUCAGGAGAAAAAGAUUUUCAUACACCGCUGCUCAAAGGAGGGAUGCAAAAAGAAAGAAAUGUUCAAGCUGCUUUGUGACCAGUGUAAUGAUAACUUCUGUAUUAAGCACCGACAUCCUUUGGAUCAUAACUGCAAACACAGUGGUCAUUCCGUCUCCAGAGCAGGGUGUGCAGCUAUAAUGAGAGCUGCUGAAUCAUCUGGAGCUUCAAACAAAUUAUCUUCCAGUUGGCUAGCUCAGCAAUUAAGAGGGAAGCAAAAGAGUUGAUCAUUUGACAUUCCUGGUCUCUAAGCUGGCAACAAAUGAUUCUGUGCAUUUUAAUAUCAUUUAAAGUACUGUGGGCUUUUCCACAAAACCUAAGUUAUUUAUUACUUUUUGUUUCUUACAUUUCUCAGGGAUAAUUGUAAAACUUGAUUAAUUUUGUUUUAAAUAAGUCUUGGACAUGUGAUCAACUCCAUUUAAUUAUAAACAAAAGUGGUGCCUUUAAAUGAUAACUUUGUACAUUUAU